AUGCCGCCUCGUGUAGCACGAAGCUCGAUACAAAGCGGUGGCGCGUCUGGAAAGGGGCAAGCAAAAUCACGAAACCCGAAGAAAGCGCAGAAGCGUGCCCUCGACGCCUUCUCCAUUGCGCAGUACGAAAACCCAGACGAUGCGAAAGUGCGCAAGAACCGGUUAGGCGAAUUCGACCCUGCGUUCAAACGCAAGCGUGCGCGCGAUGACGACGAGGAGGACGAAGAGGACGAGGACGAGGACGAGGGUCCCAAGAGGCGCAAGAGAAAGUCUGGUGACGAGAGUUUCGACGAAGGAAGCGACUCGGACGGCAACACCUGGCAGAUGGGGCAUGUAGACAACGACGACUCUGACGAGAGUAUUGACUCCGACGAAGCGUUCGGCGAGAGCGACGAAGAACGCUUCGAAGGCUUUACAUUCAGAGGCAGCUCGAAGAACCACAAAGGAAAGGCAAAGAAGUCCAAACGUGAACAAGAUAUGGAGGACGAGGACGGCGACAUUGAUCUUGACGAGGGCGAUAGUGCAGAUGGGGAGGAGGAAGAGGAUGACGAUCUGGGCGAAGAUGCUAUCGAUCUGGCUACCGCCUUAGAUCAAUACGAAGAAGAUGAGGCUGAGGAACGGAGAGAGAAGAAAAAGAAGAAGCAAACAUCUGCAUUUGGCGAUAGCGAUGAGGAACCGAGCGAAGGCGAAGAUGUGGGAGCAGACAGCGCAUCCGACCUCUCAUCCGACGAAGAAGAUGACGAGGAGGACCGCCAGGCGCAGUUGCAGAACCUAAUCUCCUCAUUAGCUUCGCGAGAAGACGACAAGCCCAAAGGCAGAAGAGUGGAUGUUCACGAGUCGGCUGCACCGGAUGAGUUCGGUGUUUCUAGGAAAGUCGACCUUCUUAGCUUCAAGCCCAAGGUUGCCGACGCAGAGAAGAAGAAGGCGCUUAAGCUGCUACAAGACGACAAGUCCUCGAAACGAAACGAUAUUGCCAGGAAACUUGACGCCCCUCUGCCAAAACGGCAGCAAGACAAGCUCGACCGCGCCGCAGCCAACGCUAAAGCGAACGAGACUCUCGAGAGGUGGACGGAUACUAUCAAGCGUAACCGCCGCGCCGAACAUCUAAUGUUCCCUCUGCAGAAUGCAAGUGGAGGUGAACCCAUGGGAGAGAAGACGCUACUACCUACGACGACCGCCGCGCCCACAAAUGACCUCGAGAGUACCAUCCAAUCCAUUCUUCAACAGAGCGGUCUAUCAAACGGCAAGGAAGAUGAGGAGAAGAUUCAGAAAUGGGAAGAGCUCCAAACGAACAAACUUCCCGUCGAGGAGGUGCUCAAGCGACGUGCUGAACUGCGGAUGCAACGAGAGCUGCUCUUCCGCGAAGAGGUUCGCGCUAAGCGUAUCAAGAAGAUCAAGAGCAAGGCUUAUCGACGAGUACAUCGUAGGGAGCGCGAGAAGUUGUUGGAGAAGGAACGUGAGCAGCUCAAGGCUGACGGCGUGGAUUUGUCUGAAGAAGAGCGCGAAUACAAUGACCGCCGGAGAGCAGAGGAACGCAUGGGUGCCAAGCACCGUGAGAGCAAAUGGGCCAAGGGCAUCAAGGCCACUGGAAGAGCGAACUGGGACCAAGACGCACUCGAUGGUGUGACUGAGAUGGCUCGACGAAACGAGGAGCUCCGUCGUCGUGUUGAGGGCAAGACCAUCCGCGAUGAUGAUGAUGAAGGAUCUGAUGUGCCAAGUGAAGAGGAGGAGAGCGACGAUGACGAUGAACAACCGGACAAUGACGCCCUGCAACAGUCACUCGGCAAACUCAAGCAAAAUCCUUUCUCCACCAAGGAGUCAAAGCUGGGUCAGAUGGCCUUUAUGCAGAAAUCUGAGGCUGCGAAACGCGCCCAGAACGACGAAGCUGUCGAACAACUCAGACGCGAACUGGCUGGAGAAGACAGUGACAAUGCUGAAAUCGAUGAGAACGCUACCAAGGCAGGGCGGAGAAAGUAUGGACCCAAUGCCAACGUCGCAGCCCCCGCUAUACAGAUCAACCGUAACGAGUUCGAGGAGCAUGAUGGCUCCGACGACGAGAAUGGUGCCAACCCUGCUGCGGAUGGCGAAGAGCCUGCUGCAGACGGACCAGCAGUUCGAGCGCCUGGCCAAAAGAAGAACAGCAUGAACGGCCUUCCCAACGGCGCUCGGAAAGAUCGUAAGGCUGCGCCGCCACUUGUAGAGAAUGGUAGUGGGGAAUCCAAUCCUUUCUUAGUCAAGGCCAAGAAGGAGAAGAAGGCCACAAAGGAGCCUGAGCUCUUCCCAGUCACAGGUGUUGCAGGUCCUAUUACAAAAGAGAAGGCCAUCGUUCAGCCCAAGUCUACACCUAAGCCCAAGUCCCAAAAGAGGUCAAAGCAGGAUGCACAACCUCAAGAAACCAAAGUCGACGACUUUUUGAAGCAGCGCGUUACUACAGCCGACGACGAUGGCUGGGCGACUGUACUAGGCGGUCAAGACGACGACGACGACCAGGACGAGCAAGGCAUCGAGGAUGAGGGUAUUGAUCUUGAUGUCGUCAUGCACAACCAGUCUCUCACCGCAAAAGCAUUCGCCGGCGACGACGUAGAAGCCGACUUCGCCGCCGAAAAGAAAGCAACGAUCGCGGACGAAGAAGCGACUGAGGAGGUCUCAUUCCUUCCCGGCUGGGGCUCCUGGACAGGCGACGGCAUGUCCAAGGCCGAAAAGAAGCGCAACCUCGGCGCUAAAACGGUCAUCAAGAAGCCUGGUAUCGAUGCCGAUAGGAGGAAGGAUAAGAAGAUGGACAAGGUCAUUAUCAAUGAGAGGAGAGUGAAACCUAACGUCAAGUACAUGGCUAGCCAGUUGCCAUUUCCAUUCGAGAACAGGGAGCAGUAUGAGAGGAGUUUGCGCGUACCGAAGGGUAAGGAGUGGGUUACGAAGAAGACGCAUCAGGAUGUUACGAAGCCGAGGGUUAUCGUUAAGCAGGGUGUUAUUGCGCCGCUGCGGAAACCGCUGGCGUAG